CAUGGCGGCGGCGCCGGGCCGGUGCGGGCGGGACCCGUGCGGCGCGCUGUGCCUGCUGCUCACCUACCUGAGCGUGGGCUACGCCGACUACGUGGUGCUCACCCACGUCCUGCUGCAGCCCGGCUUCCGGGGCAGCCUGUGGUGCCCCUUCCACGCCGUGGCCUUCAACCUCGUCGUCUUCCUGCUGCUGGCCUGCCACGCGCGCGCCGUCCUCGCCGACCCCGGCGUGGUUCCCCUCCCCGCCACCGCCAUCGACUUCUCGGACCUGCGCAGCGGCGCCCAGCGGAAGGCCGAGCGGAGCAAUGAGGACUGGACGGUGUGCAACCGCUGCGAGACGUACCGCCCGCCCCGCGCCCACCACUGCCGCGUCUGCCACCGCUGCGUGCGCCGCAUGGACCACCACUGUCCCUGGAUUAACAACUGUGUUGGAGAGUUAAACCAGAAAUACUUCAUCCAGUUCCUCUUCUAUACUGGGCUGGCCAGUCUCUACGCCGUGGGGCUGGUGCUGGCUGCCUGGCUGUGGCCGACAGACAGGAGUGCAGCGGGGACGGUGGCGGCAGUGGGAAGAGACGUCCCCAACAACCGGGUCCGGACAGCUCACUGCGUCGUCCUGCUGGUGGAGUCCGUCCUCUUCGGGGCGUUCGUCACCGUCAUAUUUUACGACCAGGUCACGUCGAUCAUCACGGACGAGACCCCCCUGGAGCAGCUCCGCAACCGGGUGCUGAAGGAGGCGAAUCGGGACGUGGCGCACAGCCGGAAACCCAAGCUCGCGCUGCUGCGGGAGGUGUUCGGCAGAGGCUUUGUGAUCUGCUGGUUUUUCCCGUGGAACUGCAGCGCCCCGUCGGGCACGGGCGCCGCUUACAGCUACCUGCCCGACUACGACGUGUGAGCUCUGCGCGCCCGUCGGCUGGUGUAGCUGGAGGGGGACGCUCUUAACGCGGCGCCGGCGGCUUCGCGGGGCUGCUGCGGUCGGGUCGCAGAGCCUGCAGCGAGGGUCGCUAUGGGGCUCUGCCCCCUCUGGGCCUGCUAGCGUGAGCCCUGGGCCCACCGCCGGGCAACAGUCUGCAGCACCGAGGCUGCCCAGAGCCGCUGCGCCGGGCACGUGGGCGCUCGGACCCCGUCCUGCUGGUUCUGGCAUGGCAGGCACCCAAGCCUGGAUUGCCGGCAGGUGCUGCUGGGUACCCAGGAAAAGGGUUUGCUGCUCUGGGACAUCUCUGGGGCUCUCAAGGGCAGGCUAGUAGCGAGGCUCGGGCACUGCGUACCCCCAGCUCCUGCUGCCCAGAGCUCCGCAGCCCCCCGUGCAAUGUCUGGGGACGGGCACAGACCCGCGGCUGCCGGGAAGGGCUGUGCCCAGCCGGGAGGAAGCACCCAAUAAAGUCCCU